AUGCAAGGCUGGCGUAUCAGCAUGGAGGAUUCUCAUACUACCGUGCUCGAUCUCGCCGCCGGCGCCGAUCUCGACCCCAAGAUUCACUCUUCCAAACUCUCCUUCUUCGGCGUUUUCGACGGUCAUGGCGGUAGUACGGUAGCUUUAUUUGCGGGCGAAAAUAUUCAUAAUAUUAUUCUUAAACAGGACACCUUCAAGGCCGGCGAUUAUGCACAGGGACUGAAGGACGGUUUCCUCGCUACUGACCGAGCCAUCCUCAACGACCCCAAGUACGAAGAUGAAGUCUCCGGCUGCACUGCUUGUGUCUGUUUGGUUUCGGGCAACAGGCUAUAUGUUGCUAACGCUGGAGACUCACGAGGUGUAUUGGGCAUCAGAGGCCGGGCAAAGCCCAUGUCUCAGGACCACAAGCCUCAACUUGAGAACGAAAAGAACCGAAUUACAGCCGCCGGUGGUUUCGUCGACUAUGGGCGUGUCAACGGCAACUUGGCUCUGUCGCGCGCCAUUGGCGACUUUGAAUUCAAGAAGAGCGCCGAGCUGCCCCCGGAGCAGCAAAUCGUUACCGCAUUCCCGGAUGUCGAAGAACACGAGCUCACCGACGAAGACGAGUUCUUGGUCCUUGCCUGCGAUGGUAUCUGGGAUUGCCAAUCUUCACAGGCAGUUGUCGAGUUUGUCAGACGCGGCAUUGCUGCGAAGCAGGAUCUGGACAAGAUCUGCGAAAACAUGAUGGACAACUGCCUGGCAUCCAACUCGGAAACAGGUGGUGUUGGCUGCGACAACAUGACCAUGUCCAUCAUCGGCUUCCUAAACGGCAAGACCAAGGACCAGUGGUACGAGGAGAUCGCCAAGCGAGUCGCAAACGGUGACGGCCCUUGCGCUCCGCCGGAAUAUGCCGAGUUCCGUGGCCCCGGCGUCCACCACACCUACGAAGAUAGUGACAGUGGUUAUGAGAUGGAUGCAGAGAACAAGGGCAAAAGCUUCGGCGUUGGUGGGUACCGAGGCCGAAUAAUUUUUCUCGGCGAUGGCACAGAGGUUCUCACCGACUCAGAUGACACCGAAAUGUUCGAUAGCGCCGACGAAGACAAGGACCUCGAAAGUCAAGUGUCCAAGAAUAACUCGACGUCAAAAGAGUCAGAAAACGCGCCGACCUCUGCCCCUGACUCCACGGCCGCCGAACCGAAACAGGAAGAACAGGAAUCAAAAGCCCAGUCAAAGUCUGGCCAAGGACUCGUCAGGGCCUCAGCCGCUGCGCCCGGGCGGCAGGAUGACAAGAAGGGGUCCGGUCCCGAAUCGACCUCCGACGAGAGCAAGAAGGAAUAG